GGGACGGGGCGCCGUGCGCGCGGCUCGGCCCGGGGCGGGGGGCUGCUGGGGGGGGGGCGCCCAACCCGGGGAGCAGGGGACAUUUUCCCUGCCCGCCAUCUUUUAAAGGGGAGCAAUCCACGGAGGGGGAGCAGGAGGCGGCUCCGGCUUCUGGGAGAGGCGGAUCCCGGGCUGUGAGGGUGAGACCGGCCGGGGCCCCUCAUCUCCGCGGCGGAGCCUGCAGUCUUGAGGACGAGCCUUAGAUUGGGACCACAGCUGGUGAGGAAUCUGAACGGUGCCUUCUAGAAUGACCUCCUGAUCCAAGAUGGCCGCCUCGUGACCACCGCACAAGGGUUCUAUGGUUGGACCCCUGAGAUGGGAUGUCCUUCCCUGUCGGGGGCCAUAAAGGAAGAGAUUGUGCUGCAGAGUUACUGUGAAAGAAAGUGAGAACAGCAAAAUGUCUGCUGCUCCGGCCGCGGCCCCGGCCCCUCAAGGGCCCGUGAACCCGCCCCCUCCCGAAGUCACCAACCCCAACAAGCCCGGGCGCAAGACCAACCAGCUGCAGUACAUGCAGAACGUGGUGGUGAAGACGCUGUGGAAGCAUCAGUUCGCCUGGCCCUUCUACCAGCCCGUGGACUGCAUCAAGCUCAGCCUGCCCGACUAUCACAAGAUCAUUAAGAAUCCCAUGGACAUGGGGACAAUCAAGAAGCGGCUGGAGAAUAAUUACUACUGGAGCGCCAACGAGUGCAUGCAGGACUUCAACACCAUGUUCACCAACUGUUACAUCUACAACAAGUCCACAGAUGACAUCGUCCUCAUGGCUCAAGCCUUGGAAAAGAUUUUCCUCCAGAAAGUCGCCCAGAUGCCGCAGGAAGAGGUGGAGUUACUGCCGCCCGUCCCGAAAGGCAAAGGAAAGAAGCCGCCCCCUCCAGCUGCGCAGACCCCAGUCAUCACAGAACAAGAGCCGCCUGUUGAGAAAGCCGCCGUGUCUCCCAAACCGGUGGUGGUUGAGCGCAGUCCCCCUAAAGUGGCUGUAGUGGAGCGCAGCCCCCCCAAGCCUGCCGUAGUGGAGCGCAGCUCCGGAAGACGAGCCGAGCCGCCCAUGGAGAGGCGUCGGGAGCGAUAUAAAGCCACCACCCAAGCCUCCAGCGUCUCCACGGUGGUCAGCCCCACGGUCCAGCUCACCAACAUCGCUCCUCUGGUGUCCCAGACGCCAGUCAUCGCCGUCACUCCUGUGCCAACUAUAACCGCUAACGUAACGGUACCCGUCGCCACCGCUGCUCCUCAGCCGCCUCCAGCCGCACCAGUCCCAGUAGCACCAGUCGUUCCGCCAGCUGCCCCAGUCGUUAAGAAAAAAGGUGUAAAAAGAAAAGCUGACACGACCACCCCGACCACCUCCGCCAUAACCGCCAGCCGCAGCGAGUCGCCUGUACCAAUCUCCGAUCCUAAGCAAGCGAAAGUGGCAAACAGGAGAGAGAGCACCGGGCGCCCCAUCAAACCCCCAAAGAAGGACCUGGAGGAAGGGGAGAUCCCGCAGCACGCCGGCAAGAAGGGCAAACUGACCGAGCACCUGAAGUACUGCGACAGUAUCCUGAAGGAGAUGCUGUCCAAGAAGCACGCCGCCUACGCCUGGCCCUUCUACAAACCGGUGGACGCCGAGGCCCUGGAGCUGCACGACUACCACGAUAUCAUCAAGCACCCCAUGGACCUCAGCACUGUCAAGAAGAAAAUGGAUGAUCGGGAUUACCAGGACGCGCAGGCGUUUGCGGCUGAUAUACGGUUAAUGUUCUCCAACUGUUACAAGUACAAUCCCCCCGAUCACGAGGUGGUGGCCAUGGCCCGAAAGCUCCAGGAUGUUUUUGAGAUGAGAUUUGCCAAGAUGCCCGAUGAGCCGGCAGAGCCCCCCGCCCCUCCCCCAGCAGUGGCCCCGGUGGUCAGCAAAAGCGUGGAGAGCAGUCACACCAGUGAAGAGAGCUCCUCCCAGUCCGAUAGUUCAGACUCUGAAGAGGAGCGCGCCACGCGGCUGGCUGAGCUGCAGGAGCAGCUGAAGGCCGUUCACGAACAGCUGGCGGCGUUGUCCCAGGCGCCUGUCAAUAAACCAAAGAAGAAGAAGGAGAAAAAGGAGAAGGAGAAGGAGAAAAAGAAAAAGGACAAAGAGAAGGAGAAGGAGAAAGAGAAGCACAAGAUGAAAACUGAGGAGGAGAAGAAGGUGAAGGCAGCGCAGCCCGCCAAGCCAGUGCCUCCGAAAAAGGCCCCCACCAAGAAGGCAAACAGCACUACAGCCACCACUACAUCCAGCACAGCCGCCCCCACCGCCAACAGCAAACAGCCGAAAAAAGGGGGUAAACAGCCUCCAUCUGCAAGCUACGACUCCGACGAGGAGGAGGAAGGUCUGCCCAUGACGUACGACGAGAAGCGGCAGCUCAGCCUGGACAUCAACCGGCUCCCGGGGGAGAAACUGGGCCGUGUGGUCCACAUUAUACAAUCCCGAGAACCUUCUCUAAGAGACUCCAACCCCGACGAGAUAGAGAUUGACUUUGAAACCUUGAAACCAACGACGCUGCGGGAGCUGGAGCGAUACGUCAAGUCCUGUUUACAGAAGAAGCAGAGGAAGCCUUUCUCAGCGUCGGGGAAGAAGCAAGGUGUAAAGUCCAAGGAGGAGUUGGCUCAGGAAAAGAAAAAGGAGUUGGAGAGGAGACUCCAGGAUGUGAGCGGCCAAUUAAAUAACAAGAAACCUGCAAAAAAAGAGAAGUCCGGCUCGGGGGCGGCAGGAGGACCCUCGCGGCUCAGCAGCAGCAGCAGCUCCUCGGAAUCGGGCAGCAGUAGUUCCAGCGGAUCCAGUUCAGACAGCAGUGACUCUGAGUAGCGCGCUGCCGGCGGCUCACGUAACACUUUUGGUGUGAGGUUUAAAGAAAAAUGGGGAAAAAAAAGAAAACAAAAAAGGAACAAAAUAUUUUAGAAACAAAUUCCCAAAAACCGGAAAACGACUUUUAUUUUUAAAGAAGACGAGACGGUAAAGUGCGGGCGAAGAGGCGUCAGCAAUAAGCAGCGCGGGAGGCCUCGGCGCUGAAGGUUCACUAUAUAUUAAUAAAGAGGUUUUAAUUCUGUUUUUAAUUUGGUGUUUCUCUGGGAUAAGACGCUCAGCUGCCGGACUGCGCGCCCGGCGGACCCUCCCUGCGUGUGCCGGUACUCGCGCGCUCGCCUUGGACUCUGCCUUGUAAUUACCUAGCUGUGUCGCCUGGUCGUAGUCCGUAGCUGUACUGAGCCCGCCCGCCGGACUCCUCUCCCGUCUUCACACAUCGUUACUUAUGUCUCUUCGGAUCAUGGCGCGCGGCAGCGGUGGGCGCGCUCUUCUCGCCUGCUCGCUCCGGAUAUAUAUUUUUAAUGUAUUUUCUUAUUUACCUCAGAACAAAAUAUACAAAACGCAAACCUUAUUUUCUAACGCUAAGAAUUUUCAUCUUUUUUUUUCUUUUCCCUUUCGCACGGUUGGUCCAGAAUAGUUUGUGCCCCCCCCUCCCCCGCCGCGACACAUUCCAUUAGCUUCCGUACGACGCCAUAUUGUAUGUACAUAGAAUCACGUUAUUUAUUAACCAUAUCAUACCCUGGUUUUCUUUUGUUAGUCUUUUGAUAACGGGGGAGGGGGAGGGGGAGGGUUGGCGUCCAUGUUUACCCUGCAGACGGAGGGGGCGCGCUCCAUGUUGUGGUGUGUGUAUAUACUCUGACAUCCAUGUUUUAUAUAUUGGGGGCUUGGGCUUUAAUGAUAAAUAUAUUGCGUUUUUUAUGCCGGAGCAGCGGCGGUGGACGGGUCGUGGCCGCACAGUAUGAACGUCCACAACGGAAGGGUUGUUGCUUCUUCUUCUAGACUUGCAUGAAAUGGGAGAGGACUUUUGUUUUUCUGGUGUUGACCCUUUCCUUGCUGGAGGAGAUCAGCGGCUCUGGAUUAGAAGACGGUUAUUUUUUUACAUUUUUGGUCUCCUGCCUCGUCCUCUGGUUUCUUCCAUUUCGUGUUUUUCACAGUUCAGGCUGUUAUAUCCAUUUUUAGCAGCUACCAAAAUACAAAAACCAAGAUGGCAGCUGUGAGGUUGUAGCUCGCUGUUCAUACUGGCGCAUUUUAAAGGGUUUGUGAACAAUAAAAGUAGUUGUCUAUUUUUA